GAGAGAAAACUGAUAGUAUUAUGACAAUUCACAAUUUAUACAUAUUUUCCAAAAAUGGAACAUUACUAUAUUAUGCAGAAUGGAAUAGAUUACACAAAUCUGGAAUUACGAAAGGAGAGGAAGCAAAAUUAAUGUAUGGAAUGUUAUUUUCUAUAAAAUCCUUUGUAAGUAAAAUAUCUCCAUUGGAUCCAAAAGAAGGAUUUUUGUAUUACAAGACAACCAAGUAUACGUUACAUUAUUUGGAAACUCCAUCUGGAUUAAAAUUUGUGUUAAAUACUGAUAAUAUUACGCAAAAUGCUAGAGAAUUAUUACAACAAUUGUAUAAAGAAGUUUAUUUAGAAUAUGUUGUGAAAAAUCCUCUGUGUCAAUUAAACGAACCUAUUCAAAGUGAAUUAUUUAAACUAAAAGUUGAUGAACUAUUUAAAAAAUCCCCGUUGUUUUUAGGUAGAUCUAUAUAG